UCUCAAUCUUCACUCCCAACGCCGCGGAACAACAUGUCACAGCCUUCGAAGGCAGAUGUGGUGAGAGAACUCCACAGCGAUCUUGCUCGGAAGUACAAAAGACAUGCUGCAGCAAUCGAGAAUAUAUGGCGGUCUUUCGACAGCAGUCAACGCGCCAAAUGUGCAAAGGCCGGGGCAGCGGGCGGCGUGGUGCUGAAGCACCGCCGUGACCAGUCCAUGGGCAAUGUUUGCAUGGUCAUCCCGGAAUACAAUUUACGAGAAAUGACAGAGUCUGGGCCGGACUUCUGCCUGGAUCUCCUCAAGCAUCGAGCCACUAAGUCCCCCUUCGAGCAGUACUGCGGCGGAGUCAAUGGGGGCCUUGGAGACCAUCUUCUCAUCGAAGAGAUGGUCCAUAAAGAAGGGCUUCGCCACACGCACCCGUUUAAAGACUGUUAUACUAUGUUCAUGGAUGGGCCGCAAUAUGGCUGGUCAUUCGAAGUCACGGGGAAUAAGGACGAAGUCAUGGCCCCUUUCCAACCCGCAAUCCGAGCCCGUCUCUGUCUUCCUCAGUCCGUCGGGGAGCUGGUGUUGGAACGGCAGAUGUACAUGAUGCAGGGUCUUACAAUUCUUAUCGAUGACAUCCUGGACCAAGGCUCGAAGACUCGGGAUCGCAAACAGAAACCAAAGCGAUCGGAUAAUGUGGCAACCGAAGCCCUGUCUAAACUCAACAUCCGAGGCUCUCCGCCGAAGCCUACGCUUCCGGACCUGAUCGCCAGCGCUCAGGAUCAACAGGAAUCGCAGCGAGAAUUUCUAAAUCUGCUCACCAAUGAGCCGACAGUGCUCGCUCAUGCUGUGAACAUCUGGUUCUUCAGCCGCCCAGAACUGCUUCCGGAUGAAAAGGGCCGCCGACUGCCCGUUCACACCGACAAAUACACCAGCGCAUCCACUUUUGAGGCAGUCCACAGUUCGAUCAAGGAUGCUGCAAUUUGGAAAUAUCUCGCUCGUCUUCUCGGGCUGCUAAACAUUUCGACUGCCGAUAAGACGCACAGAACUCUUGUUCUUCAAGAGCUGUCCAACAUCUGCCAGCUGGAGCUCACCCGUGCGCAAGCUCUUUUUAAGCGCUAUGUUCAGAUUGGCACAGGAUCGAAGUGGUUCAAGCGAAAUUCGAACUCCUCCAAUAGCGGUAAACCUCCCCAGGCCACCAUAAAAGGCAACCUGGAAAACCUCCUCACAACCGAUCCUCGGCUUUAUUACAUGCUGCGUCUCUGCCAGCCCAAGCUCAGUGUUUCCAACGCUACCAACUGGAUCAAGAAGCUGAGCGAAAUUCUGGACGCUAAGCCUAUGCAGCGAGAGGAUCUGACGCCCCAAGAGGUGGAUUCGCUGGGUGAACUUGCUAUCAUCAUUGGGUUCAUCCAAGACGUAUCGUCUGUGUUUCCGUUGCCCCCUUUCUCCAAGGCAAAAGAGCAGACGUUCGUUUCUAAGUGGGAGCAGCUGGAGACUGAGCUUAACGGAGUCAAAGACCAGAUCGAUCUGCGCGAUUUCGUGGUUCCCAUCGAUAAUCUCCUGGAGCCAGGUAUGGCUGAAGGCGCUUUGAAAUCGUUGGAUCAGUUCACCAGCGAAAAGACCGGUUCCACGAUGGGAUAUCUUUAUCAAGACCUGAUCGAAGACUGCCUAUCUGAUUUGGCAGAGCAGUAUGAGAAGAUCAAGACCAAAUCGGAGCAGGAACUAAAGGCCGAAAAGCCAACUCCUUCGGCGGAAACAUCGCAGUCCGCGGAGGACCGAGUGCAACAGCGAAGACAAAAGGAAAAGACACGUCCCCCGCAUUCUUCGAUCUACGAUAUCGCAACCCCCGCGGAGACGUCCGGUACCGAAGAGCAAGCUCCGCCGCAGAACUUCAAGGUCGACCCGUCGACAGCAGAAAUCUUUCUGAGGUUGUUCAACCGAUCGCAAAUCCGCAGCCCUGUCAGCUGGGCGGCGUUCGAAGCAGCUAUGGGGAAAUUGGGGUUCUCCGUCUUUCCCAAGUACGGGUCUGUCUACACUUUCUAUCCGCCUAGUUCGAUGCCUGUGAAGAGGCCUUUCACGAUACACCGUCCCCAUAAGUCCGCCAUCGAAGGGUAUCGCAUUCUUCUGCUGUCUCGACGACUGAAGACAUGGUACAUCCCACCGCAAUGGCUCCAAUCUUCGUCCUCGGUCCCUACCACGAUCGUCGAUGCAGCGCGUCUAGCCUCCGAUUAUGCGAUCUCGAAUAACAGCACCAUAGCUUACUCAAAUAUCCCGCUCCUUGUGCAUCAGCAAUGGUCCGAUACCAACAUCUCAAACUGGCCAGAUAGCAUCCGCCAAGGCGCAGAGACCUGGCUGAAAGCAUCUAUGGCAGACAACAUGGCGUAUUUCCUGUGGACUGGUGACGGGAAACAGUUGCUCUUGGAUUUGUAUGAGCCGUCGUUCAAGUAUCACUUCGAGUCUCUGCCGAGGGAUAUAGAGCGCAGUGAUGUCUUUCGGGUUUUAGCCGUUAAGUGGUUCGGCGGUAUUUACGCAGAUAUAGACACGCAGCUCCUCCGUCCUCCAAUCUCCUGGCUCGAAGCAUCAGACCUGACCCCCUGGACUGAACCCUCCACGAACAAAACGCACCCUUCCGUCGCCGGCAAAGACAUGAAUCACCACCCCAUCCGCGCCAUCUUCGGUCUUGAAGCAGACUGCAACCCCAACGAAGACACCUUCUGGCGCAGCGGCUACUACUUUCCUAUCCAACUAACGCAGUGGGCGUUUGCCGCUGGGCCGGGUCAUCCCGUCCUCUCGCUCUUCAUAUCCCAAACAUCAAAAGUUCUCCAUGCCGUUUCGGUCCGGAACCAAGGCAAUCUACGUUCCGAUGAGGCAAGGCAGGAGCUGAUGGCUGUUGAUCCGUUGGUGUUGACAGGGCCGGCGGCGAUUACGGGGACCGUGAAGGGGUGGUUGGAGGAGAGGGAGGGAUUGUAUUGGAAUUCGUUGACUGGGUUGGUUGAUGGAGGGAGAAGUAAGAGGGUUGGGGAUGUGGUUGUGUUGCCGAUUACGGGGUUCAGUCCGGGGCCACCCAAACGCCCCAAUAAAGGCAGAAAGCCAAUCACAGAUCCGUCGGCGAGGCUGUAUCAUCAAGCGCUGGGCAGCUGGAGGAAGUUUCACUUGAUCGUGGAGUACGGGAAGUUCUGUCGGACGCCCACGCUGCAGACGUUACAUCUCCAGGCCGUAGCUCGCAAGGAUCAAUUGGUAAUGCUACCCCCCGUGCGCCGGAAAAUCGCCUAA